GUUUACAAGGUGUUUCGACCGGGAGGUGAUUGAUAUUACUCUGUUACCGAUUUCUGUGUUUGUUCAGUAUGAACAAGAACUGAAAGCCUGUGUUUACUCCCAUGGGAUUGAAAGGUCGCGAAUUAGUACCUGAACCUAUUCAACAUGUUCGAAGGCGCAGUGGCCGGUAUCCUCAACCGGCUGCUGGGAAAGUAUGUGCAGGACUUGGACACGGAGAACCUCAACGUGGGCAUCUUCUCCGGGAGCGUCAACCUGACCGACCUGAAGCUCAAGCCUGAAGCUCUGUACGAGCUAGACCUGCCAAUAGAUGUGAAGAUCGGUACCAUCGGGCGCAUCAACCUGCAGAUACCGUGGGCCGGGCUGUACACCCAGCCUGUCAUCGUCCACGUGGAAGAUGUGCUGGUGCUGGUCGGUCCAGCGAUAUCUAACAGCUGUUUCGAUCCAGAAAGAGAAAAACGCCUGAUGCGGGCGGCCAAAAGGAAGAUAUUGCAGGACUUGGAAGCCGAGAGCGAGAUACUGAAGGGCCCCCAGAACUUCUUCGAACAUUUGUUCACGGCGAUCGUGAACAACCUUCAGAUCUACGUGAGGAACGUGCACGUGAGAUACGAAGACUCCAUCAGCUCGAAGGACGGGCCGCUGGCGUGCGGGUUGUGUCUGCAGAGCCUUUCCAUUGAGACUACUAAUAGCAAAUGGAAGCCAUCGGUGACGCCCCCAAACGCGACUACAGUGUACCAAAUGCUCCGAGUGGAGUCCCUCUCCCUGUACUGGAGUCCCACAGCCACCGCUCUGGACGACCACGAGACCGCGCACAUCACGCCGAUACAGUAUUACAACUGGAAGCACUAUAUGCUGACCGGAUUGCAGAAUUUCUCCAUGCACCAUGAGGACUUCGAGUUUUUACUGAAACCCUUAUCGUGCAAAGUGAAAGUGCUCAUCAACCGCUCGGGAGAAGCGAGGGUGCCCCGUCUACUGGUGGACGCGGUAAUCCAAGAUAGCGCAUUGCAGCUAUCCCGAACCCAGCUGCUCUCGAUACACAACCUGCUGGACUCUGCGCAGAGGAUCAAGCUGAACAGAAAAUACCGCCACCACCACCCCGGUGUACCGCUAUCAAAAGACAUAAAAAAAUGGUGGCUCUACGCCUACAACGCAGUCCUAGAACAGCGUGUACGUCCAUUCACGUGGACGUCGAUAAAGAAGCACAGGCAGAAUUACAACGCAUACAAACAGACGUACAAGAGUACGUUGAGGAGUCCUAACGAUACAGAGCUGAAGCUGGACCUGCAGAAGUGUGAGGACAGCCUGCCGAUCGUGUCGGUGGUUAUAGCGAGGGAACACGCUAAGUUUGAGCUGCUGUCGCAAGAACCAGAUCGCAUACAAGUGGUGGAAAGCGAGAUAGACUGGUGGCUCCCGACCCUAGAAAGUGAGGAAGAAACUCAUCGCAGCUCGCUCUGCGUGAAGUCUGGGCGCAGCGGCACGUUGUGGAGCCACCUCUCCAGUCCUGAGAAGAAGAGGGUCUGUGAGCUGAUAGGGUAUGUGGAGGGAGAGCCCAGGGAUGUCUCCAAGCAAUGUAUUGAGCACAAACUGAAUCUAACGCUAGCCAAUAGUUCCCUGACUCUGAUGAACAGGUGUAAGGAAGUGAUGGUCGUCACUCUCACCCAGUUCCUCGCCUCGUUGGAAACUAGACCUUCGGCUAAGGCUUAUAAGCUGUCAGUCCGCGCAGAAAGCGUCGUAGUGGAAGGAAUCACCUCUGACGGGGAGCUGGUGGCCCUCGCCAGCCCCGAGAGGGGCGCGGGGGGCGCCGCGCCCGCCGCACAUCUGCUGGCUUUGGACUUCGAGAGGAAUCCCAUAGCUAGCGACGCCGAUUAUGGACUGUGUUUGUCCUUGGAGCCGCUGGAGUUAAUGUAUAUUGAGCACUCUGUCACCGAGCUGAUAAACUUCUUCCAAACUCACUCGAUGACGUCCGAAGAUCUGCUCGAAGAGGUGACCCACGCGGCAGACAAAGCCAUAGGCAUGAGCCGGUCUGUGCUGGCGUACGCCGUCAGCCGCAGGAAGGUGUUCCAGCUCAAUGUGGACAUCAGGGGACCUUGUGUGGUCGUGCCCGAACACGGUUGCGUUCAUAAGUCCGGUCGCGUGAUGAUUCUGGACAUUAGCCGCGUCCUGGUCAAGUGUGAGCUGCAGCCGCCGAACCUGACGCUAGAGGACGCCACUUGUAUGGAGCUCGAGGAGAGAUUGUAUGACAGGUUGCAUGCUGAUUGCUCGGUGCAGGUGCUGUUCUGUGAAUGGACGGACGUGUGGCGCGAGAUGAGGAGGCACGCGGACUCGGAGCUGCACCUGGUGCCGAAGAUACGCGCCCAGCUGGUGUUCUCCAACAGCAUCAAGAAGGAUUAUAAACUCCUGCCAAGAUAUAAACUAAACAUAUCCCUAUCAAGCUUCAAGCUGAACCUCUCAGACCGUAUCAUUGGUCUUCUAAUGGACUUCGUGGACAACCUCCCAAUACCAGUUCCCAACACAGUCCCAUUGUCAUUCAUAGACUGUGGGGAAUAUGAGGAAGAUGAAGAAGAAGUGGAAGCCAUGGCUAAAGACUUGGUGUCCGCUGACCCUGGGUACAAGGAGCUGGUGGAUCUGAAGCAGAGAAUUGUUGCCGCGUAUUUGAAGAGGAAUAAGGUGACGGAAUCUCCAUACGAGUCUGCGGGCGCUCGUGUGGGCUUCCAGCAGGCGUCGGAAGCGUCCGUGUCGAGCGAACUCAGCGACGAGGACAUGGAGGUGUACGCCCGCUGCGUGGACCUGCCGGGGUUCGACGACAACGUGUCCCCGAGUAACAACAUACUGGUGCUGCUGCGGUUCAUCAUAGGGGAAAUCGUGAUAAACCUCUCCCGUUCCACGGACCAGACGGAGAAACCCUACGUGAUGCUGAGCAUCAGUAAGGUGUGCCUGGACGUGGCCCUGAUGGAGUUCGGGCCGGCGGUGCAGCUGUCAGUGGGCCAGGCGUUGCUGACAGACAAACAGCACCACAGCGCCACUGGACAGUAUCUAGAGCUGCUCACGACCACUGGGGAACUCUUCAACUUGUUGUACAGAAAGGUCCGUGCGGAUUGCCCGGAGUUCCGGUCGCACUUCCACAGCGUGGAGCAGAGCCUGGUGGCGGACGCCGGCCGCGUGUCGCUGACGCUGCACGCGGAGGCGCUGCGCACGCUCUGCAAGUACUUGCAGUACAUCUGCCACAAAGUGCAGCAUCGCCACUCGCUGAACCUGAAGAAAGUGGUGGUGCCCCGCGGCGAGGCCCUGUGGCACAGUCUCCUGCGCCCCCACCUCGACCCGCCCGUGCCCUCGGGCGCCACCAAGUUCAGUUACUCCGUCAGAAUGUCGUCGAUAUCAGCGAAGCUGUGUCACCUGGACUGUUCUCUAGUGGAGCUGAAGCUGGCUAAUCUGGAGAGCGAUUGCGUUUUCCGAGCUAACGACAGAAUGAUCUUCAAGCUGUACCUGAGCUCCCUACAGCUGGACGACUUGUCUGAAGCUACGCUGUAUCCUAAGUUGGUGUGGCCAGACGAAGACAAAGUGCUGGAGCUGAAAUACGUCCGCACGGCGCCGCGAUAUUACGGCGCCGAGCAGUUGCAGGCGCACGGCCAACUCAAGAUCUACGUGGGGCAGCUGCACGCGGUGCUGUUCUGCUGCGUGCUGCAUCAGCUGCAGCAAUUCCUGGAGCCACUGCUGCCCAGCUCUUGCGGCAGUCGCGUGAGCGCGGCCGAGAGAGCGGCCGCGGAGAAGCUGCACGAGCUGCGGCACCACGCCACGAGGCUCAGUCUAGCUAUCGAGAUUCACGCGCCAGUGUUGCUGUUACCCCAGAAACCUUCGUCGCCGAACCUCCUCGUUCUUAACAUGGGCGACUUGCUAAUCGAGAACUUCUUCAAGCAAGCGAACUCGGGCCACGGCCACGAAGCCUCGAGCCCCAGCCAGAGCCCCGUCAUAGACAACAUCCUCAUCAGACUGGACAACCUCACCUUCUCCCGCGCGGUCAUGACCCUCGCCGGAACUCUCGAGCUCCAGGAGCCAAUCCUGGAGCCGGUGUCGGUGCGGUGUGACGUGCAGCGCGCGCUGAGCCGCAGCGCACAGCUGCGGACGGCCGCGGCUGCGGCGGCCGAGCCCGUGCUGCUCACGCUCGGCCAGCGCGACCUCGCCGCCCUCUGCGCCGUGUGGGCCGACAACCUGAGCGACGUGCGCUAUAUCGGUAGUCUAGUCCCGAGUUCCCCCGUGGAGCCCGGGGCCGCGGACGUGUCUGUGAGGAAGCUGCAGGCUUUCUUCGCUCAAGGGGAAGCUGUGCGGAAGGAAUUUAUGCUCAGAUUCACCUUAGAAGGCGUAGAACUAAAACUCUUUUCUGACAUGGACGAAGUCCUAAGUUCACCAGUUCGCGACUUGAACCACGGCCUCGCCAAGCUAACAGCUGGUGAAGCUACCUUGCAUCUAGAUUACUAUUCCGACGGCAGCACGGAGCUGCGAGCCAGCUUGCAGAGUCUGUUGAUUGAGGACAUCAGGCCUGAUGCUGGACCUGUGAAGAGGAUGUUGGAGUCGCAAGGCGGGUCGUGCGCGCGCGCAGACGGCAUCAGCGUGCGGCGGCCCGCGCUGCUGGAGCUCACAGCGCGCGCGCGCGCCGGCGCUGCGCACGCGCAGCUGCACGCGCUGCUCGACCGCACGCGGCUCAACCUCUCCCCCUCCUUGUUGCUGCAGCUGGCGCGUGCGCUGCUGCCCGUCGUGCCCGGUGAGAAAGCCCUGGAGGGCGGAGUGGUGAACCACGGAUACGUGGGCGAGGCGGGGUCGCGGCGCGCCAGCCAGCGCACGCGGCCCAGCUCCACUGACUCCACCAGCGGCUACUGUUCCAAUGUGACAUCGAUAGCCGAAGAGUCGCCAGGCCUGUCCGUCUCCAUCCAGUUCCGCCAGCCAGAGAUCAUGCUCUUCACGGACUCCAACAAGGGCGAGGGCCAUGCGUUGCUGCUGCGCACUGAAUUGCUCAUCGACUACUCGUGUCACUCCAACUGCGAGAGUUUGGUCAUAUCCUUGGCUGGUUUGCAGGUGAUGUCGAAACUGCAAUCGAAGCUGAAACAGAUAUCGGGGCUGGUGGUGCUGCAGCCCUGCGACGUGGAGUUCUCCAAGAGCACGAAGCAGGCGGAGGAGGGGCUGCAGCUGGCGCUGAGGCUCUCCGACGUGCAGCUGCACCUCGCCCCGUCCACGCUGCACGCUGUCGCUGACAUAAUCGAAGAAAUAACCACGGAACUGACAAUCCCUGACGAGAAAGAACCCUUCAACUUCGCGACCUACAACCCCAAAGCGGAGAAGACGGACGAAGAGCUCUGGUCCCCGAAGAAGAUCACCCCCUACGUGUUGAUCAACCCCUCGGAGAGCUACGUGCCCCCCAGCUACCCGCUGGUGAAGCCGACUGAGACUCUGCUGAUCACCGUGCCCAGUGUGAAGGUUAUAUUUGAACUCCAACAGCCAGUUACAGUUCCUGUGCUCAUUGUCCAGCUGUCGUUGUCAGUGACGCUGCACGACUGGUCGUCGCAGCUGCACGGCAGCGGCCGCGUGCGUGCGCAGGCGCAGUGCUACAACCACACGCUGGCGGUCUGGGAGCCCGUGCUGGAGCCGCAUGUGUGCGGGGAGAACACGCACAGAGUGUGGCAGCUCCAUGCCUCCGUGUUCCAGGCCAAAGCUUACCCGAUGUCGUCACGCGUGGAGCCCAUACAACCGGAAACGGAAGUUGACGGCUCCGUGUCGGAUCAUUCUAGAAGGUCCAAGAAGAAGACCGAGUUCGAAUCCGAAACCUCGGCCGACGAGUGCGAUACAGACAAUGAGAUGACGUUUAUUAGGAACCCAAAUAGAGACGCGAAGCAUUAUAGCAUGGACCUGACGGCUGGGAACAUGUCCUUCCUCUCGGCCCUAGAUCUGGACGAGUCUGACUCCGACAACGAGAACCAGCUGAUGGACAAGCUAGCCACGGCUAUAACACAUCUGUUUACUGAUGAAUCAAGCGCAGAUGAGCAAAGUAACGAGGAAGACUCUUCAGCUCCAGAGCAGAGUGAGGCGGAAGUCAGCGACCGCGAGGAGACUGACAAGAAUGUCAGCUUCGUGGACGACAAGAAGAGGGACGCAGAACCCAAGACUGUGACGUUAAAGGAGCCAAUCCGCGAGGACUCGAUCGACUCGGGCCUGGAGGCGGAGUCGUUCGCGGAGCAGACGUGCACGUACGUGAUCGCGCACGCGCGGCACGCGCUGGCCGCCACGGCCUCCCCCGCGGCGGCGCGUGCGCUGCUCGCCUUCGCUCGCGCGUGCGCAGACCGCGCCGCCAUCAUCACGCCGGACCGCGAUCUGGUGCUCGUCAAUGACAUCGGUCCCGGGUCCACGGUGCACCUGCAGACGAAGUCGGAGAGCGACCUGGCGGGCCGCGACCGCGUGCUGGCCGUCGUGGACUACGACGCGGACACCAGCCGCCCUAGCACUCCCGGUUGUGACUCGUCGUCAGCAGAUCUCCUGGACGACGUCCCCAAUGAAACUAAACCAGAAAUUGCUGACGUGACCGACGAUUGGGAUUGCUGUUUCGAGGGCGGGUUCCCGGCGGGUGCCCCUCCCCCUCCCCCCUAUCGCAGCUCCCCGUCGCCGCCUGCUGCGCCCGCGCAGCUCCACGCCAAGAUCACUGAUCUCACGCUAUCUGUGAGACUGCAUGACUUUGAUCACCUUACCAUCCUGUGCCCGCAACGCAACGUGUCCAAACUGCACGUGUUGCACCCGAGCAAGAACUCCACGCGCUACUACAUCGUGGUGGAGAGGACUUCCAAAUACAACACUAAAAAGAUCGUGGUCAGGUCUCCGUUGCAGAUCCGCAACGAAACCUCGUAUGCCCUCGAACUUUUCUACAAGAAGUCAGAACUGGAAGCCGUAGGCUGUACCCUGGUGGGUACAGUGGCCAACCCGUUCUCGGACACGAUGCGGCUGGCGGUGGUGGCGCCGCAGGACACGUACAACGUGCCGCUCUACAUCGCGUACCACUGCAAGCUGCUGCUACUGCCCUCCCACAAUGAGAGCUACCAGACGAGUAGCCCGGGCGUGUGGUGGGCGGAGCUGGCGCGCGGCGGCGCGCGCGAGCUCGUGUGCGCGCCGCGUGCGCCGCGCGCCCGCCGCGUGUUCGCCGUCAGCGUGCUGGCUGUCGAAGGCUGCCAACCCCACAAAGUGUCUCGAGCAAUACCCAACUACCUCAUACGGGUGAUGCCCCCCCUUGCAAUUUACAAUCGCUUGCCCCACGCCCUGCAGGUCAGGACCGCUGCCACCGAUGGGGCAGACCCCACUGACGGGGCGAGCAAUGCUAACCCGCUCUGGUCUGUGAGGAUAGAGGCUGGGGAAAGGGUGCAUACUCACGCGUUGCAGUUGACACAGUCGCAUAAGUUGAUGAUUGAAAUGCAUUAUAUGGGCUUGCCUUGGACCGGAAGCUUCACUUUGACACCAGAUCUAACAGAGAAGAACAUAAGUAUGUCCAGCGACUACGAAGCGGACGCGGGCGGGGCCGGGAAGCAGCUGUAUGUAUGCGUGCGGGUCGAGAGGAACGAAUGCUGCCAGCUGUACCUGCACGCGCAGCAUUGGAUCAUUAACAAGACUGGGUUGCCACUACAGCUUAAGGGUCGGCACUCGGACGCGUGGUACGAAGUAACUGACGAGCCUCUGCUCUGGAGUCCCGGCUGGUCGCGGAGCUCGAGGGGACGCAGCGAAAAGAUCAGGAUCCGCGCGCACCAGUCGGCGUGGUCGCGCGCGGCGCCGCUGUCGGCCGCCGCGCCCGGGCUCGUCGUGUGCGCGCACACCGAGCGCCGCACGCACUACCGGCUGCUGCUCAACGUAACCCUGUCAGAGCUGUGCCCUCAAUUGACGAAGAUCGUGACCCUGCUACCGUACUUCUUGGUGUAUAACGACACCAAAAGACAUCUCAGGUUCAUGGAAGAGAACGAGGCCGCAGACCUUUGGUUUGAUUUGGCGCCGCAGCAGUGCACUGCGUUCUGGCCGCACACUGACUCGAUGUCCAUGCACUGCAAGUAUCGAGACUCUGCUGUCGUGUCCCAGCACUUCCCUAUCACGAGGAACCACUUUACUGUGCUCAGGAUGGAUAAAGGGACGGCGAUAUGCGUGGAAGUGACGGGAGGCACCGACCGGCCCUUCACCAUAACCUUCAAGCCAUACUGCGCCGGCGACGCGCCAGUCAGGAUCGACAACCUCUGCGACGACCUCUUCUUGAAGCUGCAUCAGGCUGAUAGCGGACAGGUGGCGCUACUGAGCCCCUACCAGUCCAUGCUGUACACGUGGGACGACCCGGCCAAGGAGAGGAAACUAUUGUGGAAUAUUUACAACAACAAGGGCAAGGGUUUCGUUGCUGAUUUCACGCAGGAUGGAUUUGGCGAGGAAAAGGUCAGCUUCCACUCAGUCAAGCACUCGACCCUGGUCGCGACCAACAGCGUCACCUCCAAACUCACCUCCACGCUCAAACGACUCACCCCCAGAUCACCUGAACCCUGUUCCUCGAGUAGCGACGACUCUGACAGCUCAGACCUUCCGGACAUCCAUCAGAAGACCAAAAAGAUGAGGAAAGAUAAAGUGAUUGUCUAUUGGAUAUCGUACAUGGAAAGCUACCAAAGAGUGUUCGCGUUAGCGCAAGAUGAAAGAAUCGCUUAUCAAUACAAAAUGAGAAUCAAUUCAGAAAGGAGCAAUUAUGAGGUGUACUUGUCGUUACCCGGAGUUAGUCUGUCCGUCUGCGUGCCGACUAAUACAGGAGUCAAAGAAUUGGCGUACUUGAGCAUCACAGAUUCGCUGCCGCGAUGGGAGGUCAACAUUAAUUGCAAAUGGAAGCAGUUAUCCACGGAUUUGACCGCUUGGGUCGAGGACAAAUACCAGAACGAUCAGAAGAAAUGCCAAUUGAAAGAGUACAUACAUAUAGAUUUGGAAAAAAUGCAAAUGACUAAACCAUUCUUUGCGGAGUUACGGCGGUCUUACAACCCGGCCGUUUGGUUGCAACUGAGGAAGUCUGAUACGUAUACGUACUGCCAUUUGAAGUUGCAAAGAUUGCAAUUAGACAACCAGCUGAACGAAGCUGUAUUCCCUAGUGUUUUAUACCCAGCCCCUUUGCCCUCUGAAGCUAGAUGCAGCCUCGGUUUGAAGCCUUGCGUCGAGAUCGUCGCUUUGAAGCAACACAGACCAUCGCUCAACCAGGACGUGUACAAAUAUCUCAAAGUCUUGAUAAGGGAAUACAGUGUGAACUUGGAUAGGGGAUUUGUGAAUCACGUUUUCGACAUUUUGAACCAUUGGAACAUCGAGGAGAAGCCAGCAGUCAGGUUGCGGGCCGACUUGGCGUUGGUCCAUAUGCCUCUGCCGAUUAUAGCGAUCAAAAGCCAGACUAAUGCGCAGAGAAAUGUGGUUUUUGAAUACGUGCACUUAUCGCCUAUUAAAAUCGUGUUGAGUUUGUCUUCUAGAGGAUAUUUAGCGGAUAACACGAAUAGUCCAGGGAGGAGUAGGUUCUGGAACAAGAGGGAGAAUCGGCCGAAGCUGUUUAAUAGCGAUCUUUUGGAGUAUUUGUUCAACUCGUGGGGCUCGUCGCUGUGUGAUAUGAAGGAUGUAGUUUUAAGAAUGUCGUACCUCGAGCUCCGCAACGCCCCCGUGCCGCUGUCCGGAGUGGUGGAGGCCGCCUCCCGCCACUACUGGACGCAGCUGGUGCAGCAGUUCUAUGUGCUCGUGCUGGGGCUGAACAUCCUGGGGAACCCCUACUCCCAUAUCGGAGAUUUCUGCAGGAACUUGAAGAAUUAUUACGAGCCUUCUUUGUAUUGUGUUCAGGGUUGUGUGGGCGGGCGACGGGCGGCGGGCGUGUCGUGCGACGUGUGGCGCGACGCCGCGGCGCUGCUGGCGCGGCCGCGCGGCGCCGCACACAGAUUAGAAGAGGAAUCGAUAAAGAACGACAUCCCCGACGCAGUUGUACUGGGCGACGUCACCAACCCGGCCAGCGUGGCGCUGGUGCUCACAGGACUCAUAGCCAGGCCUACGUUUGAUGAAGACUAUGUUGUUAUUCGCCACGUGUGCCGCGAAGCAGCGCGCUCGUCGCUGACGCGUCAACUCGGAGUGAGUUCAGCUGAAACUACUUUGAAGGCGUGUGUUGAACGCAGUGGUGGACGAUUGAUCGCUCGCAGGAGACUGCCGAGACACUGUGCUUCUAUUGACGGCAUAAGACCGUAUUCCCAACAUGAGGCUAUUGGGCUCCAAUUGUUGACGCUGUUGGGGCGAGGCCACUACGCUGACACAGACGAGUAUUUGGCGCAUGCGCACCUCGGACCUAAAUCCAACUCCACGCUUCUUAUAUCUACGCAGCACAUAUUCAUGGUGCGCGCGGGCGCCAACAGCGGCUCGUGGCACACCGAGUGGGCCGUCAAGCUGGACGAGCUGGUGGGCGCGCCCGCCGCGCUGGGGGACAGGCUGCUGCUGAACAUUAAACAGGAUGAGAUGGUCAACUAUUUCUCCACGGACGAGAAGGUGAUCGAAGUCUCGGAGCCGGAGGUCCUGUCAUGGCUAAAAGCCAAAAUCGAAUGUGCUCUCAUACUCGCUUUGGAGGACAAACGAUGUCCUUCUGACUAAACUGACCUAUUAAUCGAUUUGGUUCACAUCUGCUCUUAAACUGUUGUAUAUUUUAAUUAUCACACAAAUAAUGUACCGCAUGUGAAAAUGGGUGUUGACAGACGGACAGACAGACAAGUUGAUCCUAGUUUCGUAUUCGCUUUAAGAGGUACUAAUAUACAUACGAUUACAACAUAUGACUUCAUUUAUGUAUAUAUAAAGUAACUAUACAUUUGGAUUAAACAGGCGUUUAACGUUUUUUUUAUACAUAUAUAUUAACAAUGGCGAUACUUAUGUAUCUAAUGUAACAUACAUAAUUAUGACGACUAAGUUUUCUACAUUUUGAUACGGAACAAUGGCGAUGAAGAACUGAAUUUUUGAAACAUUUAUCAAUGUGACAGACACCGAAUUUAUGCAUAGAGACAUGCCCUUUAUUUAUUAACGAAUUUUAGGUCAAAUGCCAUCAUUAUGGAGAGGUCUUCUGAUACUUAUAGAGACCAUUUUAAAAACUACUAAAGUGCUUGUAAAGGAAACAUUACAAUUAUUGAAAAGAUCGUUUUUGGGAAGAGGAAAAAAGGAGGACCUUAAAAGUAGCUUCGAUACCACUUCAGUAUAAUACGAAGAAAUGCUUCACGUUUUGAGACAAUACGCUUGGCGUGCCGCGCGACACGCUUAGCCCAUUUCCAUUCCAUUGCGAAAAUGUCCAUAGUAAAAAUCUUGGAAAUUAAGCCAAAUUAAUUAAUUUUAUAUUAAUAAAAUUUAAGACUAAAUAUCUAACAAAAAAGUAUAUACCACAAUUAUAAUGUAAUCAUAGUACUUCUUACUUUACCGAUGUUGCAUCGUCGCUUAAGAUUUGAUUAUACUGAUUGUUAAUGUUCCAAUUACAUUAGUGGGUGUGUAUUUGUGUUGAUCGCAUCACAUCGCAAACCUAACUUUGGAACAUAUCAGCUUUUUAUUACAACAAUAAUUUUACUAUUUAGAUUUUGCGUUUGCAAUUCUAACGAAAUUAAUAGUUACUAUUUUUGAUUAAUUUUUCUAUAUCUACUAGUUCGUAGCUGUAAACUAAUUCAAAUUGUGACGUACCAGGGGUUAAGGUACUGUCGAUUUUUAGUUACGCAUGUGAUUGUAAUCUGCUACUCUUAUUAUAUUCAGAUCAAAAACAAAAACACAUACAAAAAACUGACCAGAAGGUUUACGUCACAAAAAAUAUCCUUGGAAAUCAGAAAAUUACUUCACAAAAAAAUAUUAACUUUCAUUGUAAUGGUGAAAUAUAUUAUGCUCUUUGUGUUAAAAUUUAAAAAAAUACAGGUUUUGUUACGAUAAUAUCUGUUUCUAUUAUUAUUAUUAGAAAAUAGUUACAAAGAUUUUCUUCCAAAGAAAAACUAUUUUAUUUAACGAAAUAUAUAUGUUGACCAAGUCUAGUCAAAUGGAGCUUUAUUGCGGAUUGUUUUAGAAUUAAGAUAAUUAUAACCCCUUUGAUGCAUUUAAAAUUAAAAUGCAGAAAAUGCGCACACGCAUUUAAUAAAAAAAAAUCGCAAAUUCUAAUAAAAGUGGUACAUACUACUUCUUCAGUCGUAGUCUUCAUUUCUGAAGGUCGUACAUAUGUAUUUUAUUUUAUUUUUAUCUUACUAUAAUAAAAUGUUGUAAAUAUGUACACAACACAGCUUCAUAAAUCACCAAAAUUAUUUUAAUUUCAAUAAUAAUUGUAUAACUUUCAUACCAAUUUAUUUACUUUAUCUAUAAAAUAUCUUGUAAUAUUCAUGUGAGCUUGCAAAUCAAAUGAUUUACCUCAUAAAAACCUCAUUUGCCUAUUGAAUUUUAAUUUGCUGUUUUAUAAAUAUAUAAAAAUAUUGAGACGA